AAGACAGUAAAAUAUCGAAAACUGUUGUCCGUUUGGGAGGAUUUCAUUUACUGAUGUCUUAUAUGGGAGCUAUUGGGAAGAUUAUGGAAGGAAGUGGUCUAGAAGAUCUCUGGGGCACAGUGUAUGGAAAAGCUACAGUAAGUCAUAUGAUGAAUGGGCAUGCUUAUGACAGAUGUCUUCGAGCAUUUACACUAACAGUAGCAGCUCUAAUGAACAUUGCUAGAGAGCAGUUUCCUGAUAUCCAACACUGUUUUGAUGAAGUUGAUGAAGUAUGUAGAAAAAUUAUUUCAGGAGAAAUGUCAACAAAACAUGCAUUAGAGAACCCCUUGCUAUUAGAAAAACUCAAUCAAUUGGAUGAAUGUAUGAAAACCAUUGAAAAGACAAGCAGGACAGCUAAGUUGUGGCUGCAGCUUUUUCACACUAUAGAUUUAGCUCUUAAUUUUGUGUAUGCUGAGAGGACAGGAGAUUGGAUUAUGCAUUUAAAAUGCACAACAGAUAUGCUUCCAUAUUUCCAUGCAUCAGGCCACUUGCCUUAUGCAAAGUCUGCACAUAUUUAUGCCCAAGAAAUGACCAAAAUAACUGAAAAACUCUCUGAAAAAGAAUUAGAUCUUUUCAUCAACAAGGGAUAUUUUACUGUGAAAAGAACAACAAGAUACUGGUCAGGAACAUGGACAGACAUGUGCAUAGAGCAAUGUCUGAUGAGGCCAAUGAAAUCUGUAGGAGGACUCACUCAUGGAAGGGGAAUGAAUGAAAGUACUGUGAAUAAAUGGAUUCUUGGGACACCAUACUUCAUAAAGAUUAAUGAAGCAUUAGAGGAGUUCUUAGACAUUUCUAUUACCUACAGUGAACAACAUGUUGAGCUGAGAAAGUCAAGAAAACUCAGAGACCAAGCUGAUAUUGAUAAGUUCACCACAUGGUUCAGACAACACAAUCCAUUAAAUAAGGAAUCUGGAGAGCUAGUUUCAUUAUCAUCUGGUUUCAUCAGUGAUGAGUCAGUCAACUGUGACCAAGCCUAUGACAUAGGUUGUGCUGCUAUGAAGACAAUGAUAGCUCUCAAAAAUUGAAAUUGUAUCUUGAAUAUGAACUGUCUUCACAUCCACCAUCUCUCUUCGACAAUGUUUCACUAAGAAAAGGAACUAAAUCAUCUAUCCUGAAAGUGUUUCAAGAUGCUGUAAUAGAGGAAGAAGAAAUUGAUCAAACAAAUUUAUGUGUGAUUAUUGAUGGAGGAUUUCUCCUUCAUUAUGUUCCCUGGCCACAAGACUCCACUUAUGGAAAUAUCAUACACAUUUAUCGAAAAUAUGUUGUAGAAAACUUUGGAGAAAAUGUAACGGUUGUAUUUGAUGGCUAUCCAGAAGACUGUACAACUAAACAAGAAGAGCAGAAUAGAAGAGCAGCAAAAAAA